AUGGUCGUCCGCCCCUUCAAGGUAGUACAAACGAAAGACGUGCCUCGAGGCACACCAGAGUUCGAAGAGAAGCGCGCCGCUUUACUUCGUGCCUUCGCGGACAAAAUCCCCCAAGAAUACUACAUCCCAGAGGAUGUGGCCAACAAUCCACCUCAGGACGUCUCAGGACUGGCAACCCAGUUCGGCAUCCUGACGCCCAAAGAGGUCGAGAUCACGGAGAAUUACGACGCGACGGGCCUCGCCGAAGCCAUAGCCAGCAAAAAACAUUCUGCGGUCGAAGUGGUCACAGCAUUUGCCAAGCGGGCCAUUAUCGCUCAUCAACUUACAUGCUGCUUGACGCAAUGGUUCAUGGACGAGGCGAUCGAGCAAGCCAAGAAGCUCGAUGAGUAUCUGGAGAAGAACGGAAAGACCAUUGGUCCGCUGCACGGCGUCCCCGUCAGCAUUAAAGACCACAUGCCCAUCGCCGGCACAUACUCUUCGUACGGUUAUUUCGGUAGCAUUCAGCACGAUGAAAAGGACAGCCAGUUCAUCGGGAUCCUGCGCUCCAUGGGAGCAGUUUUUUACUGCAAAACCAAUCAGCCACAGUCGUUGAUGCAUCUGGAGUCGGACUCGCACUGGGGCCGAGUGUUGAAUCCAUACAACAUCCAACUCUCCGCUGGAGGCUCAACUGGAGGAGAAGCGGCCCUGGUUGCAAUGAAGGGGUCCGUUUUGGGCGUCGGUACCGACAUCGGAGGGAGUAUUCGUGGCCCGGCGGCAUUCUGCGGCAUUUACGGCUUCAAACCGACCUCGUACACAUUGCCCAUGAAACACAUGAUAGCUGCUCCGUUUCCCGCCGAGCUCAAUGUACUGUGCUCGAUUGGUCCGAUGGGCCGCAGUCUUCGAGACAUGGACCUCAUGACAAAAGGUAUCCUCGCAGCGAAACCGCAUCUCGAAGACCCGCGCCUCGUGCCGACGAAGUGGACAGGCUUCGAAACGCCUGUCACCAAGCCGCUGAAGAUCGGUAUCAUCAGUAAUGACGGCUUCAUCGAUCCUCAACCACCGGUAAAACGUGCCAUCGCCUGGGCGAAAGAGAAACUCUCGGACCCCAAGUUCAAAGACCUCGUGGAAGUCAAGGACUUUACACCAUACAAUGCGGCUGAAGCGUGGUCGAAAAUCCGCCUCCAGUAUUGGCCCGAAGGCGGCAAAGCCGUUGUUGACCACAUCGAAGAAACUGGCGAACCAGUCCACCCUCUCUCCGCCUGGAUCUGGAAGGACGCCGAAGUACACGGCAUGCGUACCGGCCUCGACGUAAGCACCAUGCGCGGUGAGCGGGACGAAUACCGCAUCAAAUUCGCCCAGCACUGGAACUCGCAGGAUGUGGACUUCGUGAUCGGACCUUGCUUUGUGGGACCGGCUUCGCAGCACGACACUGCGUUUUACUGGACGUACACUUCGUUGUACAACUUUGUGGAUUAUCCAGGUAUUGUGGUUCCGACGCCGAUCAAGGCAGAGAAGGGCGAGCAGUAUGCCGAGGAUUAUAAGCCACUGAGUGAUGCUUGCGGGCAUGUGAAACAGUUGUGGGAGGAAGGAAACUUCGAGAAGGCGCCUAUCAAUUUGCAAAUCAAUGCCAGAAAGUACCAUGACAACGAGCUGUUCGGCGCGCUGUCUGUGUUGAAGGAUAUUCUGGAGUUAGUAUGA